AACCUUUUUCAGAAAGACGAAACUGAUUGUAUCUGACUUACACGUGUGAACAGAGAGACAGAGGAUCGAAGACACAGAUAUAUUGAUCCAAAAUGGCACAGGCAAACGUUUUGUGGACCCAAGACCAGUUUAGCUGUCCGGUCUGUCUUGAACUACUGAAAGAUCCUGUGACUAUUAACUGUGGUCACAGCUUCUGUAGGGACUGUAUUUCAAACUGCUGGGAUCAGGAAGAGCUGAAGGGAGUCUACAGCUGCCCACAGUGCAGACAGACCUUUACACCCAGACCAGUUCUGGGCAGGAACACAAUGCUGGCUGAAGUGGUGGACAAACUGAAGAUCAUGGGACUCCAGGCUAUUCCUCCUGCUCAGUGUUAUGCUGGACCUGGAGAUGUGGAGUGUGACGUCUGCACUGGGAAAAAGUGCAAAGCUGUCAAAUCCUGUUUGGUUUGUCUGGCCUCGUACUGUGGCACUCACCUCAAACUUCACAAUGAUCUCAAUCCAGGAAAUCACAGGGUUAUUAAUGCCAUAAGGAAAAUGCAGGAUAUAAUCUGUUUUCAUCAUGAUAAGUUAUUGGAGGUCUUCUGCCGCACUGAGGAAAAAUGUAUAUGUGUGCUGUGUGCUAUGGAUGAACACAGUGGACAUAACAUGGUGUCAGCAUCAACAGAGCGGGCAGUGAAAGAGAAACAGAUACCAGAGGCACAGAGGAAAUCCCAACAAAUCAUACUGGCAAAAGAGUGGGAGUUCCUGAAGCUGAGAUCAGUCCUGAAGAAUAUCAAGACUUCUGCACAGGCAGCAGUAGACGAUUGUGAGACGACCUUUAGAGAAAUGAUCAGUGCAAUUGAGAGAAGACGCUUUGAAUUAAUAAAACUGAUCAGAGAUCAGGAGAGGGCUGAGGUGAUUCAAGGUGAAGAACUCUUGGAGCAACUGGAUCAGGAGAUUGCAGGGCUGAAGAAGAGAGACGCUGAGCUGGAACAACUUCCACACACAGACAAUCACAUCCAUUUUCUGCAGAGUUUCCUAUCACUACGGGCCAACGCCAAUUCUGAGGUUUCGUCCAGACCAACUGUGCUUCUGAAUAUGUCCUUUCAAGAAGUGAAGGACCGUGUCUCUGAAUUAAAGAAAAGAUUUGUGAAUUUACUUCAGAAAGAUUUGGCAUCACUGUCCAAACAUGUUAGAGAUGUAAAGAUUUUCCUACCCAAUGAGCCCAAGACCAGGGAAGAAUUCUUAAAAUAUUCCAGUCACUUCACAAUGGAUUCCAACACAAGUCAUCCAUCACUUAUUCUAGAAAACAACAACAGAGUGGUUUCAAGAAACCUGUCACUACAGACAUAUCCAGACCAUGCUGAGAGAUUUAACAGCUGGCAACAAGUGCUGUGCAAAGAAACUGUUAGUGAACGUAGCUACUGGGAGGUUGAGUGGUCAGGACAAAGUGUAAAUAUUGCCGUUUCUUACAAAGACAUUGACAGGAAAGGAUGGGGUGACGAGACCUUAUUUGGAUGCAAUGACCAGUCUUGGUGUUUAAGCUGCUCGGCCUCUAAUUACUUCUUCAGAUACAAUGGUGAGGAAACUAUACUGCCAUCAACUCCCGGUUCCUCCAGGAUAGGGGUGUUUUUGGAUUACAAAGCGGGGGUUCUGUCCUUCUACGGUGUCUCUGACAUAAUGACCCUUUUGCACACAGUUCAGGCUACAUUUUCUAAGCCCAUCUACCCUGGCUUUUGGCUGGACACUGAAUCAAAAGUGACAUUUUGCAAAUAAAUGUCUUUACGUGGAGGUUGGUGUUCCUUUGGCUGAGCUAAUGAUCAGCCCAAUUUGCACAAUGCCAGAAUGGUGAGUUGCAUGGAGAGAGCAUAUCGCACCCAUUCCGGAUCAUCUUCCGAUACUAGUGGACCACUUGUCAUAGACCACAAGUAUUGUUAAGUCUGAGUGUAUUAUUUUGUUUGUUUUUUGAUAUAAUGAUAAAAUAAGUGAUAGGUGGAUUUAAUAUUUUGAUGAUUUGAUUGUAACAUUGAUGUGAAUGCAUGAGUGAUUUUAGAAUUUCUCAGGGGAUUGUUUGUUAUGUUGUGAACCUAUGUAACCAGCGUGCAAUUCUGUGGUAAUAAAUGUAAUGAUUUGAACUCGUA